UGGAGGGCUGCUUGAAACUCCUGCUACAAGUCUACAGAUGGAGGGCGGACUGUGUUAUUCACUCUAGGUUCCCUUCCCCCCCCAUUUCCCUCCUCAGCAUGCAUGGCUUUUGUCUCUAGGAGAGGGGGCACAGGCUGAUGCAGAGAGAAGCACGUAUAGCCUUUUGUAGCAGUGGGCCAGUCAGUCUGCAGCUGCACAGGACUGUGUGUGCACUGCUCUAUUGAUUUUUUUUUAAACACACUCAAGAAAGACACUCACACUUAAAAGACUGGAAGUUUCAACUUUUGUGUUGCACACCGGACUGAUAUUUUAAAGACGCUAUACUAGUCACCGGAGUGACUUAUUUCUUUGGUAAAGUCAACUCACACUUGGAGGAAAAAACGCUGAGUUUGCUUUAAAGUGCACGGAGAAGAGAGGCAGCAUGGUGCAAAAGAUGAGCCACGCUGAGAGCACCGCAGAGGCGCUUUCCUCCUUCUUCAGUGGGGAUUCGAGCUCCGGGGCGUGCAUGGAUUUGGACCCGGCUGCCUCGCCUCUCUCCCCGGCAUCCACAGCCUCGUCGGCCGCCGGGGAAAAUCCGGCGUGGUGUAAAACUCCGAGCGGCCAUAUUAAACGACCCAUGAACGCCUUCAUGGUGUGGUCCCAAAUCGAGAGGAGGAAGAUCAUGGAGCAGUCUCCGGACAUGCACAACGCCGAGAUCUCCAAGCGGCUGGGGAAGCGAUGGAAGCUCCUUCGAGACAGCGACAAGAUCCCCUUCAUCCGGGAGGCGGAGCGGCUGAGGCUCAAGCACAUGGCGGACUACCCCGACUACAAGUACCGGCCCAGGAAGAAGGUCAAGUCGAGCACUUCCAAGCCGGGAGAGAAGGGGGAGAAAGUUAACUCGAACACCACCAGCACCAAGUCGUCCUCAUCGUCGAGGAAGAAUGGAUCCAAAUCACUCAACAGCAGCAGUAAAGCCCAUAAAACACUUUUCGGUACCAGCAGUAGCACCAAAGCCUCGCUGUUGAACUCUGAGCAGCCGACAGAGCACCACCAUAACUCCCUCUACAAGUCCAAGUCAACCGCCAAGCAGGUACCGGAGGGCAAGAAGGCAAAGCGGGUGUAUCACGUCUACGGGAGCGGCUUGAGCGUCAGCCCCGCGUCGUCCGUCACAGUCCCGGCGAGCCCCACGCUGAGCAGCUCGGCGGACUCCAGCGACCCCCUCAGCCUGUACGAGGACGCGGCCAGCGGCAGGGAGGACGGCGGCGAAUCCCCCGGCGGCAGCAGCAGCGGUAGCCUGGGCGGGUCCUCGGAGCGUCACGGCGGGCAAACAUACAGCAGUCGGCGGGCUUCCUCCCCGACACCCUCCGGCUCCCACUGCUCCGCCUCAUCGUCGUCGUCUUCCUCGGAGGACGAGGAGUUCGAGGACGAGCUGCUCGACAUGAACCCGAGCCCCAACUUUGACAGCAUGUCGCUGGGGAGCUUCGGCUCCUCGGCGCUGGACAGGGACUUAGAUUUGAACUUUGAGUCCGGCUCCGGCGGCUCACACUUUGAGUUCCCCGACUACUGCACGCCUGAAGUCAGCGAAAUGAUUUCCGGGGACUGGCUGGAGUCCACCAUUUCCAACCUGGUGUUCACGUACUGAGAUCCAAGCGGGGGGGCACGACGACGACAACACGCACGCACAACAGAGAGCAACAACCCCGGGGGGUGAUUCCGGACGGGCAGCUCCUGCAUUGUCUCCGAACUAACAGACCCACUUAGCGCCGUGGUGUCUUUUCUCGUCUCCAAGCGGCAACUUUUUAAAAUGGAAAAAAAGGAGCCUUUUUCGCUUUGGAUGUGCGGACCGUGGAGGACUGAAGAACAGGCCAACAUGGCGGGGGUGCAAAACAAGAGAGAAGGGAAGAAAUGAGACGCUGGUUCCUGUUUGAGGACCCGUGAACUGGUUGACCCGAACAACUUUACUGUGAUUGAUUUGCACGUUAUGCGGUCCGCUGUUCACUUAAUCAAUGUUGUCGCGAUUUCUAAAGGGACAUUUCUCACAGCUUUUUACCGAUUUGCCAAGUGAACUAAAAAAGGUACAUAACUCGGACUGUCUUGCUACAUUUUUUUACUGCGGUGUGUCACCAAGAGGGAGUUUUUUUGAAGGUGGGUUGAUGUAUUUUUUUUUUUAAGUUUAUUUUAUCAAAAGCAAAAAAAAAAAACAGCAAAAAAGUUAAGCAUGAUAGCCUACUUUGUUCCUGUAUUGUGCUGACAUUUGAUGUGAGACUGUCAAGCAGUUACAAAUCUAGUAUUAGGGUUAUUUAAGUGAAUAGAUAGCCUCAUUUCAGUUUCUCUUUUUUAUUUUUUUGGGAUACAAAGGACACUGAAAUAAUCACCAGCUGUUUUAAUAUUUCAAACUUCAGGAUUCAAACGCAACUACAAAUCAGUGCUGAACUUUAUACUUGUGUUGUCUGCGAUUCAGGACCAAAAUUUAUCAUUUUAGAUACGAGCUUAACCCAUUUUUCUGAUCAUCAGAGCUUUGUUUUGUACAUGUAUCAAGAUGAAAUUUUGUAUGGGAUGUUGUAUUUAUAUACUGGGCCAAGCAGUUUAAAUUUUUUUGUAAAGUCAUGUUUUUUUUCCUCAUUAUUUGUCACAUUUUCUUCUCAGGCGAAGGGCUAGACUUACAAUAAAUACACAAUUUUUGAUUUCUUUUUUUAUAUUUAAGUGGACACACUUCUAGACACGUAAAGUAUAGGAAACAGUUUGAUUUAUUUUCUCAGUGUAUUUUUGUACAAAUCUAUAUGGAGAAGGGGGAGUCAACAAUCGGUGUGUGUAGCCUAGCCCACUCAUUCAGCUGCAUUGGGUUUCCUGAGUUUAAAACCUUGGCUGGCUGGUUAUCAUGCUGCUUUCACGUGAUGUGGGAAAUCUCACACUUAAUAUUUAUUUUUCAUUUCCAGUCCUCUACUGCAUCUUUGAAAAGAGAGCCAGUAAAACGACAUUAGUACACUAUGGUGGUCAUUUGUCCACCUCAUUCAUUUGGCUUUUCACCAGCAAAUACUCAGACAGCCAUGAUGUCCAAUUUUAAACAUCCAAAUCUCAUAUUGUCAAUUAGGCUUGACAUUCUCGUCUAUACUGUACAUGAAAUGCUGAGUUUUCCCAAUAGCACAUGAAAGCAGCACCAGUCUUUGUGUCAGACUACCUUCUACAUUUACAGUGCCCGGUCUGCAGGCUUCUUAAAGACACAUGAACUGAUUAUUCCCAGAGGCUAUUCCUCUGGAGUAUGUGGUUUUUACAGUCACUCUCUGAAGGAGCCCCCCCCCCCCCCCCCCCCCCCGCCCCCUCAACAUUUCCCUCUGAUAUCUUGCCUAUGAAAACAAACGAGGAGAUUGUAGCUUUAAAUUUGACUUAUUUUUUUGAAGUUUUCAUGAACUGAUGUCAAACUCAUCCACCAGCCACUGGAUCGAACAGGCUAACUUUUAUGAAAGCAAACAAGGGUGAUAACAUCGAGCUUAUUCAAAUUUCUGACUUGAGUUCCGCAACAUCUACUUGUACUGCGUUUCUCAUUGUAUUUGAAUAUAUAAUCUUUUCUACUUGUUGGCUAACUAUUAGAUAAUAAUUGUUUAGUAACUUUAUGGCAUGGUGAAUAGCAUUUGUAUUUCGGAUUCAGGUUACUUAGCUGUUGUGUUUUUCAGAAAAAAAUGGUAAAAAAAAAUGAGGAAAAAUGAUACUCAAUCUUUGUAUAUUUGACUGUAUCAUAAAGCAAAACGAUUGUGUGUUUAUGUAUGUUGUUGCUAUCAAGGACAGGCACUGUCUAGAACGGCUAUCUUUUACACAUCCUUACUUACAUUUAAGGUGGUCAGUUCAGGACUCUUUUUUUAUACAUAUAUAUAAAAGCGUUUUUAAAUAUAUUAACUUUAUUUUUCAUCCAUCCUGUGCAAUAUGCUGUGUAGAAUUAUCAUGUAUUGUCUCUAAUCAUGCCAUAAACAAAGGAACCACCUUUUUGAGACUCAGAGAAAGGGAGAACUCAUGCCAGCUGAAUUGUGUCCAUUCACUGCCUGUCAGAUUGUUGAUCUAAACUUGUGUACAGAACUUUUUCAUGGAAGGAAAUAAAUAUCAGCUGGAACUGAAGCUCUAAAA